UGAGAAGUAUAAUUAAAAGGUGGAUUUUGCCAAUUUUGAAAUAUUAGGGUGCAAAGCGCAACAAGGGAUAAUUUUGGGGUGCAAAGAGCAAUUCACUUGUUGUAAGCAGUAGAAAUUAAUUUGGAUUCUAAUUCGAUUCCAUCUAGGCAUUCAGCACAACCUUUAUUUAGCAAACCCUUACAGAAAAAGUGUAAUCAAUCUGCAACCUCGUCCAGAACAAAAUUAUUAGGGUUUAGGGUUUAUUAGAUUAGAGGCAUGAAGAAGGCGAAAGGCGAAGAGGGUUCGAUCUCGAUGGACAUGAUAUCCGAUUUGCCGAAAGACAUCUUGCAGAGAAUAUUGUCUCUCCUCUCCCAAAAAGAUGCUGUUCGAACCUCUGCAUUGUCCAAAUCAUGGCGUUACGUUUGGUGCACACGCCCCAAUCUUGAUUUCUCCGACGACACCUUCGUAGGAAGCGUAAAGGAAUUUCAAACCGCCGUCGACAACGCUUUACAGCGAUACCGCGAUCAAAGCCUGUGCUUGGAGGAGUUUCGUCUCUCUAUAUGGCUAGACGGUUACCUGAGCCGCGAAUCGGUUUCGCUCCUCGAUAAAUGGAUCCCGUUAUUCAGAAACAUGGGCGUCAAGGACUUUCGUCUCUCCGUUAUUUCCGGCCGUCAGGUUGAAUACGUAACAACUCUGCCCGGCGUAGUACUAGAAGCCGAAUCUCUCAAAUAUUUGUACGUGAGGAGAUUCGGUUUGUCCCCCGGCAACACGAUACUCUUCAAGCGUAUAAAAAGAAUCCAUCUGGACGAAUGCCGCAUUGACGGAGACAUGCUUGAUAAGAUAAUCUCGAGCUGCCCUUUGAUUGAAUCUAUGCAUCUGGAAAGAUGUCGAGGCUUAGCAGAUGUUAAGGUCAACGGUCUUCGUAAUCUCAAGGACUUCUACUAUGAAGAAUUCGAAGAGAAAAGGCAUCAUCCGAGCAUCGAAAUUGAUUAUCCUUCGUCUCUCGAAACCGUCAAUAUUAUUUACGGCGACAUGGUUUGGUUCCGCAAUGCGGAUUUUUGUAUGCUCGAUCGUUUAUAUCUACACGGAGUGAGUUCUUCGUUUGAGCUCUUCUCGACGUGCGAGUUUCCGAUUCUCAAAUCCUUGUUUAUUAUUUCUUGCAGCGGCCUCGAAGAAUCUUCCAAUCUAUAUAUCAAUGCCCCAAACAUACUCUAUUUUGAAUACAAUUCCGACCGAUGGUCAACACUUUCCAUCUCUUUCGCAACAACUUCCAACGAGUGGGAUUCGCAUGUAACCCUACCCUAUUGGCCUUCUUCUUCGGAUAAACUCGUAAGCAUAAGUCAACUCCUCAACUCGUUGAGCCAAUCUAAAAUAUUUCUGACGAUUUCAAGAUGUGCUUUAGAGCUUCCGUGCCUCUCUGAUGUACCGUACAAUGGUUGUAAUAAACCGGUUGCAGUGGAGGGAUUGAAGUUGAAAUUUGAGGUGUAUUCCUUUUCGUUCCGUGUGCGCAGUAUUUUUCAGUCUUGUCGUCCGAGAAAGAUUUAUGUGUACUUUGUGUGCAAAUGGGAUUUGGUGUAUUUGUGGGAGAGUGCAUUAAUGCAGGGAGAAAGUGGAAACCAAGAUCAGCUCAGAGAGCAGUGGCAUCGAGAUUUGGAGGAAGUAAGAGUCGAAAUUUACGACGAUCGUAAUAAUGGAUGGCAUCCGAUAACUCUGUCGUCAGGUUCGGAGUUUCCCGAAUGUCGUGAGUGGGAAAAUAUUUCUCCUCGUUUUUCGUUGAAAUGGAGAGAAGCUUAGUUCCUAAUCUGACCUCUUUCAGUCUUUCUGUGUUUUUGGUUUGAGUUGUAAUUUGAAUGCUUUUAUAUUAAAGUUAUUAGGCUUUAUUUCAAGUAUUUUUACGUGAUAUAUUCACAUAA